AUGUGUGCAGAGAGAAGACCCCAGAAGAUGCUGCCUCUCCUGCUCAUCUUUCUCCUGACAACCGCUGGUGAGAAGACCUGCCUCCGUUGCUGGCCACAGAUGCCUGCCCUGCUGGACUAUGACCUGCAGAUUCUCUGGGGCACCUCACCACCACCAGUAGAACUCUCCCAAAGCCUCCACUCCUUCUUCCUGGAGGAUACUUCCUCGAUAAAAUCCUCUUAUCUUGAUAAGAACCAUCUGGAAGAAGAAACAGCCAAAUUCUUCAGCCAAGUUGACCAAAUCAUUCAGAAGUUACGCAAUAAUAAAUCGUCACUUCUGGAAGAGAUUCGUGUAUAUAAGGGUCUCCUUGCCGAGAGGCUGAAUAGGAGAUCAGAGGAGUUGAAGCAGAAGGCCUGCAAUGAGUCCUGUGACAUCAGAUCCACAAUAGAGGUCACUGCGUGUGCAGACUGCAAUACCCACAUCUUAUCCUGCAAUGACGCUGCUCUCUGCCCAGGUCAGUGGUCCCUGCUGUGUCCAGUCCAAGAAAAUGAAGUCCUACAUAUGGGCUAUAAUCCUCAGCACUGUGCUACUCGUGGCCAUAGCUGGAGUUGGGAAAAACAAGGCAGCCACUCAUCUCUUGGAAGUGGAAAGAAGUCACAGCAGCAGAUGGAGGAAAAACAAUCCACCUCCACGCUUGGGAAAGAUGGAAAUGGCAGUUAUGUUGAUCACAACCAGCUGCUAGAAGAGGUCAAUGGGGCCCAGGAAGUCAGCAGCAGAAGCUGA